AAAGAUUCUUAUUUUCAUGAAAAAUUGACAGGUAUGAAGCCUACCACUGGGCCGGCUGCUCAGUCAGAAGAUCCUUCAGCUGAAAACAAUUUUCCUGCCGAUGGUGCAGAAUGGGUGGAUUGUUUUGUGCGGGAAAUGAUGACUGCUACAAGCAUAGAUGAUGCCAGGGCUCGAGCUGCUAGACUGUUGGAGAGCUUAGAGAAAUGCAUUAGCUCACGUGUAGGUGCAGAGGCAGCUCAAAAUUUUCACAAGGAAAAUAUAAUGUUGAAAGCGCAAAUAGAAGUGCUUCGUAAAGAUGAUGCCAUUCUCAAGAGGGCAGUGGUCAUUCAACAUGAACGUCAGAAAGAGUAUGAUGAAAGAAGCCAGGAAGUGCAGCAAUUAAAGCAGCUGAUUGCUCAGGGUAAAGAGCAAUUGAGAACUCUUGAGAUGAACAAUUAUGCUUUAAAAACACAGUUGCGGCAAGCUCAGCAAAGCAACUCUCUUCUUGGAUUCAAAUCAGAUGUGUUCUAAUGUGCCGAAUGUUCAAAGAAAGAGAUGGAGCCUAGAAAGAGCAUUCCUUCUGGCACUUGUGAACCUUGAUAUCAGAUGUUUUACUGAACGUAUCAUUAUAUCUGUUGUCAGAUCUGAGAGUUGUACUUAAGGUUUCUAGGGCAUGCCAACUUGUACUGAUGAUUUCAAUGACGUUGCACACCGAGGACAUCAUCCAAAUUUUCAAUAUGAAGGUCUAAAAUCAUCAAGCUGAAUGUUGAUGUUCAUAUUAUAAUCUUGUUUCCUUGGGUAUGAAUUUUUCGCUGCCUUCAAUAUAAUAUAUAUGCAAAAUCAAUGAAUUACUUCUAUUAA